UUUUCGUUUGUGUCAUGAUAGUUAUUUUUAAUAAGGUCAAAUAAUCCCCUACCCCAAGAGUUAAUUAGGAUUUAGAAUGAGUUCAGAGGGAAUUGGGAUCCAGCCUUAAGGGCUUCAACUCUGUUCAAGUAUUUAAAUGGCUUUGAUCUUUGAUUAAAGGUGGUGGUUCAGCUUUAAACUAUUAUUAUCUAUCAUUUUCUGUGCCCUGUACAUUGUCAUCCUUGCAAUGAGAGGCAUAGAGCUAUCAGGAGAGGGGACUAAAGCCUAACUUUUUAAGUAGACUAAUCUUCGUAUCCUCAGCUCUAUUCCGUCUUUUACCGACAGCUGGUGCCUGACCUAGAGGCCUACUGCAUCUUUUUGUUAACAGACGAUUUUUAAAAGUUGAGGACUUUUUAAUGCCAAUUAUUUCACUCAGAAUAUUUAUUUAUUUAUUUAUUUAUUUACUUAUUUUUUGAGACAAGGUCUCGUUCUGUCGCCCACGCUGGAGUGCAGUGACGAGAUCUCGGCUCUCUCAACAGGAAUAAUUUCAAUAGCAAAAAUUUAAAACCCCUUCAUUAAGCCAGGCGUGGUGGUUCACACCUGUAAACCCAGCACUUUGGGAGGCUGAGGUGGGAGGACCGCUUGAACCCGGGAGGUCGAGGCUGCAGUAAGUCGUGACUGCGCCACUACACUCCAACGUGGGCGACAGACCUUAUCUCAAAAACAAAAGAAAAUUAGAAUGGUAAAAAUGAAGUAAAUUCACUUUGCUUCCCACAUCUAGCCAGACAGGGAAAGAUGGAGUAGCUUUUUCUUUUUUACUUCAUAGCUUCAGUGUUGUCCGGGCUUUCAUUACUCUCAUCUCAGUAUAAAGUGGUAACAGGAAGGUCAGGUGAGUGUGGGCUGCCUAGGAGCUGUACUUACUGCCUUCUGUUUCACAAAAGGACGUUUUCUCCCCAUAUCACAGGACUCUUAAUGUCGUUGUUCUUGCUUUAAAUUAUGGGUGCUGGGAGAAACUAAACGAAGCCGUCACUGAGCAAUACACCCACAGCCCAUCCACCGAUAGGAACCUUCGCGUGGGGGGAGUUGGUUACUUUUAGGUUGCAUGAAGAGGCGGGGCCUCGCGGGGCGGAGCUGGGGGUGGUCUGUGGGUCCGCGCGGGCUUCGGGUAGUUCCUGGGUCCGGGGAGCAGACGAUCCGCUGGCCACGUUAGGAGCUCGGUCUCUGCGUCCGCCCCUCCCCGUGCCUCAGAGACUUGCGCUCCCCAGGCCCGAGCCCUUGUCGGCCCAUCCUCGAGCCCGUGUGGCCCGCGAACCUCUAACUCCAGCCGCUGCAGCCCCCUCCCAGGCCCGGCGUCCCCGAGCCCCGCGGGCGCCGCGCCUGCCCUUCUUUGGCCACGCGGCAGCCGCGGUGUCGGCGAGUCCUCCCGGGUUGCCCCUGCGGGCGUCAGAGGGAGGGCGGGCGCCCGAGUGGUGACGGCGACGCCUGCAGCCCGAGGAGCGCUCCACUCGCCGCCGCCGGAGGGGCCGGUGACCUCUUGGCUACCCCGCGUCGGAGGCUUAGAUGGCUCAGGCGAAGAUCAACGCUAAAGCCAACGAGGGGCGCUUCUGCCGCUCCUCCUCCAUGGCUGACCGCUCCAGCCGCCUGCUGGAGAGCCUGGACCAGCUGGAGCUCAGGGUUGAAGCUUUGAGAGAAGCAGCAACUGCUGUUGAGCAAGAGAAAGAAAUCCUUCUGGAAAUGAUCCACAGUAUCCAAAAUAGCCAAGACAUGAGGCAGAUCAGUGACGGAGAAAGAGAAGAAUUAAAUCUGACUGCAAACCGUUUGAUGGGAAGAACUCUCACCGUUGAAGUGUCAGUAGAAACAAUUAGAAACCCCCAGCAGCAAGAAUCCCUAAAGCAUGCCACAAGGAUUAUUGAUGAGGUGGUCAGUAAGUUUCUGGAUGAUUUGGGAAAUGCCAAGAGUCAUUUAAUGUCGCUCUACAGUGCAUGUUCAUCUGAGGUGCCACAUGGGCCAGUUGAUCAGAAGUUUCAAUCCAUAGUAAUUGGCUGUGCUCUUGAAGAUCAGAAGAAAAUUAAGAGAAGAUUAGAGACUCUGCUUAGAAAUAUUGAAAACUCUGACAAGGCCAUCAAGCUAUUAGAGCAUUCUAAAGGAGCUGGUUCCAAAACUCUGCAACAAAAUGCUGAAAGCAGAUUCAAUUAGUCUUCAAAUCCAAGAGCAUUUACACAAUACACAAGGUGUAAAAAUGAUAAAAUACUAUUUUAAUUGAUAACUAGUUCUUUAUGUUAGGUAUAACCACUUAGUUGACACUGACAGUUGUUUCAGAUGAGGAAAAUAUUCCAUCAAGUAUCUUCAGUUUUGUGAAUAACAAAGCUAGCAAUAUUUUAAUUAUCUAUCUAGAGAUUUUUUAGAUUGAAUUCUUGUCUUGUACUAGGAUCUAGCAUAUUUCACUAUUCUGUGGAUGAAUACAUAGUUUGUGGGGAAAACAAGUGUUCAGCUAGGGGCAAAAGCAUCACUGCUUUUUCCUGUGCUUUGGCGUGGAAUCACGCAGUCACCUUGGGCAUUUAGUUGACUAGAAAUUCUUUACCUUAAGCAGCACACACAUUUACUACACACACAGUGUUAACAAAGCACUGUGCUUAGAGGGUAAAAAGGAAUCACAAAACAAGAAUCUUUCCAAAGUUGUCUCAUUCAGCAAUGUUAAGGCAUCUGUAUCAAAAUUAUUUUGGAUGUAAAGAUUCCUGUGUCUCAUAAUAUGAAUGUAUUUUUUGAUAUACAAGAAACUAUGACAUAAAAUGUGAGAAAACCACCUAUAAUUUACCACUGUGAACUAUAUCUGCUUCAUCUUUUCUCAAAUGCAUCAAUUCUCUUAAAUUCCUAUAUUGUAACUUGCCUUUUUUAAAAAAAGUUAGAUGCUGAUAUAAAGUCUGCUUAAUUGUCAACUUAA